GACAGAGGUUGAGUUAACCAAUAAAACAUUGAAUUAGGGUAAAUUUGAAAAUGUCUAUAUAUUAUAGUGGAACGUUCAAACGUUCUUCAGGAGUUGUAAGUUCAAUAGUUAAACAUCUGAAGCAAGUAAAUUUGAAACCGGUGAAGAAGAUCCAAGUGCAAUUCGAUCCUUUCCAUGAAAAUGCAGUUACAGCUAGGGACUUCCUUUAUUAUAUAUCAACACCCAAAGUUACCAACACCAAUUUAAAUUGCAUUGUUAAACCAAUUGUAGUUUGUGAUCGUAGUGAACCAGAAAUUAAAGUGGACUUGUCUGAUUCAAGUGUGUUAAAAUUCAAAGCAAACAACUUGACAGUACUGGAGAUUCUGCAGUUGUUCAAUAAGCACAUAAGUUCCAAAGUGCCAGUUGAAAAUAUCAGUGCUUCAUCACAAACUCAAAAGUUGGAGAAGAAAAAGCUGAAAAAGAAAUAAAAAUGAGAGGUAAUACUCC